AUGGUGGAACUUUGGUUUGCCAGAAACAGAGCUUGUUUUGAUGAGGAAGUUCCAAAUUUGGUGCAAUUCAAAUUGAGAAUGAUGCAGUUUCCAAAGGAGAACAGUGUAAGAAUGAAGGGUACAAUAAAUGGAUCAAUGUAUGACAUGAGCAUUAUGACAUUGUUUGGCAUCAAAGGAUUGAAAGCUAAAACAGCAAUGGUGAAAGAAUGCAGUUUCCAGUUCCCUGAACCUAAUCAAGUCCUCAUUUGCUGUGAUGGAGCAUCAAAAGGAAAUCCUGGAAAAUCUGGUUAUGGAUUUGUUGGAAGAAGUAAUACUGGGAGUUAUCUUGGGGCAGAGGCUGGAGGUCUAGGAAUAGCCACAAAUUAUAUUGCAGAGGUGAUGGCUUUAAUCUAUGCAGGUGAAUGGGCUGUAAGAAGACAAUUCUUAAAUGUUUGUUUCAGCUUAGAUUCAAAAGCAGUGUUGCAGGCAUUUAGCUCAGGGAAUGUACCUUGGAUAGUAAAAAACAGAUGGGAAAGAAUUCAAAAGAAGCUACAAAGCAUAUCCUUUAGACAUUCCUUUAGAGAAGUUAAUUUUUCAGCAGACAAAAUGGCAAAGAAAGGUGCAUCUUUAAGAAGAGGAAAAGUAAUUGUAUAUGAAGAGAAACCUGCAAUUUUGGGAGAACUGGAAUGUGAAAACCAGGCUUAUUUUAGGUUUUUCUGA